AGAAUUUCAAUAUGAUAAUAUCUUCUCAGUUCUUUGCGUUAUUUUCAAUCCUCUUACUUGGAUUGCAAGCUAAAAUGACAUCUUGGAUUUGGAGGACUACAAAACCAUCCUUAGCAAGUAUACGACGAAGAGCUUCUUCAGUCAGUGGCUGUGCCGGAGACUAAUAUAGCUACUUAAAGAGCUAGCAACAUGGAGGCUAGGCGAGGAGAGGUUAAACAGACAGUUCAAAUGGUUGGAGGGGAUGGAGAAUAUAGCUAUGCCGCUAAUUCUUUGGGUCAAAAAAAGUUAAUUAUUAUGACAAAAUCCAUGUUGGAGAAUGCCAUAGAGCAAAUGUUCAAGACACUGCUCCUUAAGAGAAUUACUAUUGUCGAUCUCGGUUGUGCUUCAGGCCCCAACACCUUGUUAGUGCUCUCUCAAGUUCUUGACAUUAUCAGUAAGUUACAUGAACAAUCAAAGGAGGAGACACUUCCAGAAAUCCAAUUCAUCUUGAACGACCUACCAUCGAAUGACUUCAACAGUGUGUUUCAAUCCUUGGAAGAGUUCAAAAAGAAGAUUAAGGAAGAAAGAGAAAACCUACUUAUACCAUAUUAUGUUGCAGCUGUUCCAGGGUCAUUCCAUGAGAGACUUUUUCCUUCUUCGACGGUUCAUUUCUUUCACUCUUCCACUAGUCUCCAUUGGCUAUCUCAGGUUCCUAAAGAACUUGAGAUCAGGACACAAGGUAUUUCACAAAGCAAAGGAAAUAUUUCCAUCACAAGGACUAGCCCCCCUUGGAUAGUAAAAGCAUAUCAAGAACAAUUUCAAAGAGAUUUCUCUAUAUUUCUUAAGUCUCGUUUUGAAGAAUUAAGUGUUGGAGGAGGAGCAUGGUUAACAUUUCCCGGAAGAGAUCAUGUAGAUGGUGACUCAUUAAGCCACCUUUCUGAACUAUUAGCAGAUUCCCUUAAUGCGAUGGCUGAAGAGGGGAUCAUUUCCAAAGCUAAAUUGGAUGCUUUAUAUUUUCCGUUGUACGUGCCAUUGUUGGAGGAAGUGAAGUCAAUAAUUCUCGGUGAAAGUUCAUUCCAUAUAGAACAAGCACACUUGCUAAGCAAUAACAUAGAACUUUACAUUGUACAAGAUGGGAAGAAGAUCGCAAACAGUUUUCGUGCCGGGAUUGAAUCCUUCGUUGCCCAUCACUUCGGGGAUGCCAUCCUCGAUGAACUAUUUGAAAGAUUUGCUGAAAAAAUUUCAAGGAGCAUUCUUGAAGAAAAGCUCACUAAGUGUAAUACAUUGAAUAUUGUCAUUGUGUUGAAGAAGAACACUCCACAAUAAUCAUCUAGUGGAUGCAUUAUAAGUAAGCAAACAAUCAAAUUGUAUCAGUAAAAUUUACAUCCAAGUUCCUUUUCUUCUUCGUCAAAUUAGUUGUAAUCUUUAGUUAUUGAUGGAAUAGGAAGCAUGUUGUAUUCGAGUUUUA